GCAUCCUCUAACGCACACUGCCGCGCCGCCCUCGGUCUCCCCUCUCCUCUCCCUUCCUUCCUCUUCCACGGACACGGGAGGAGAAGGGUUGAUCACGACCGGGGAGGACGCGUGGCCAGAGAUGGGUCUCCACGGAGGCGUCGUCGUGCUCCGCGCGGCCGUGCUCGCCGCCGUCCUCGGCUUCGUCGCCGCUGCCGGGUUCAUCUCAAACGACGCGCUGCUGGAGCGCGGGCACGACACCACCGGCCGGAGCCUGCUGCAGGCCAAGAAAGAUUGCCCGGUGAGCUUCGAGGGCGCCAACUACACGGUGAUCACGAGCCGGUGUAAGGGCCCGCUGUACCAGCCGACGCUGUGCUGCGGCGCGCUCAAGGACUUCGCGUGCCCUUACUCCACCUACAUCAACGACGUGAGCACCAACUGCGCCGCCACCAUGUUCAGCUACAUCAACCUCUACGGCAAGUACCCGCCGGGCCUCUUCGCCAAUACCUGCCACGAGGGCGACAAGGGCCUCACGUGCCCCGAGGACACCCCGCAGAUCGAACCCGGGCAGAAGGCCUCCGGCGCGGCCGCCGUCGCCGCGCCGGCCGCGGCCCUGGCGGCGGCCGCGUUGGCCGUCUCGUUGCUGCUCAUGUCUUGCUGAGAGACCCGGGUUGCAGAUGGCCGUGACAGCGCAACCAACUGCGUUGCUGUACCGCUUCUUUUACCACUUCUUUUUUUCUGGAUGGAUGAUUUCCAAGAUACAUGGAUGGAUAUGUUUACAUCUGAAAAAAUGAAUUCAGAAAAGGGUGGUAGA